UCAUGAAAUACUUGAAGGUGGUGCAAGGUUUGUAAAAACAAUAGAUGCGGCUGAUAAAAAGUAUCUGAAGGUUGAGUUUGAAUGUGAUGUUGGUCAAUUUGUUGUUAGGAGGAAGUCAAUAGAAAAGAAGAUUAUUGAAAGGUUUUCCCGAGAUCUUGACCAUCUGAUGAAGCUCGUUGAUUUAAAAGCGAUGUUCCUGUUGGAACAA